GCACCAGUGUGAUUUGGCCUUUAGUGUGAUUUGGUCUUAAAGGCCUGUACACCAUUCGGAGAAAGAGAGAAAUGGCGGAAUGUGAUGAAAAGUGUAACGGGAAUUGCUCGUUUGAUUUCAGCGAAGACAAGCAGAAGGGCGUGUGUUUGAUAAAAGAAGAGUUUAUCAUCGAAGACCACGUAAGGCAGCUGAGUAAGCAGUGUUUGACAGAGACCGAUAAGCAGAAAGUAUUUGCGAGCACAAAUGCGGAAGACGCGGAAGCACAAUCGUCAUCAGACGAGUCGGCUGUUAAAAGGUUCAAGCAAGAUGACAAGAAGGAGAAGCUCAGAGGUCAAAAUAAAGCGAGGCCGCCGCCAUUUAAGGCGCCCAGGGAGUUGAGCUUGUGCCCUUGGAUCGCAGAUCAAACAGUGGACGAGUCUGAGAGAAAAUGCCUGAAUCAGCGCUGCGUGUUUCUGCACGAUCGCAAGGAGUACUUGAAGAUACGACCGGUGGAUAUCGGCACGGAGUGUCAUAUCUUCAACGUGACCGGCAAGUGCCCGCGAGGUACCACGUGCAGAAUGGGCUCACGACAUCUGACUGAAGAUGGUUUCAAUAUCGUCGACGAGAAGAGACUCGAGGAGUACAAGAAGCGUUCGCCUUCCACGAUGAAUCAGCUGUCCAAGGACCUGCAGAACAAGCUGCGCAAACACAAGUACAAUUUCGCCAAAGCGGAGGCGAUCGUCAAAGCCAACGAUCCGUCUAGAAAGAAGAUGCAACUGCAAUACUUCAAGUCCAACGAGCCUAAGAACGUCGACAAUAGGGAGACGCGUGAGACGGAAGCUAGGGAUAAGCCGGGAUCAGAAGUUGCGGCCGCAGAAUCCGUUCACAUCGUCGACAAUAGCAACGACGUAAAAGCGAAGUGCGACGUGGCUGAUCGCGAUGCCUCACAUGAGUCGAAACGAUCGAGAAUGGGACCGGUGGACGAUAGCGACCUGAUCAGGUUGCAACCGUCGGAGAAGCGGAAGAUCGAUUGGAAGAACAAGAUACUGCUGAGUCCGUUGACGACCGUGGGCAAUCUGCCGUUCCGCAGGAUCUGCAAAGAGUAUGGCGCCGACAUCACGUGCGGCGAGAUGGCAUUGGCGCCGAAAAUCCUGAAAGGCGCGCAGGAAGAAUGGGCGUUGGUGAAGAGGCACGAGUGCGAGGACUUAUUCGGCGUGCAGCUGUGCGGCAACAACCCCGGCGUGCUGACGAGAUGCGCCCAGCUGCUGAAUCGCGAGAUCGGCGUGGAUUACAUCGAUCUGAAUCUCGGUUGCCCGAUCGACUUGAUUUACAGGCAGGGCGGCGGCAGUGGUAUGCUCAAUCGACUGAACGUACUUGAAACCGUGGUAAAGUCCGUUAGUCAAGUAUUGGACAUACCUUUAUCUAUUAAGACUAGGACCGGGGUCUACAUAGACAGGCCGAUCGCGCAUAACUUAAUGCCAAAGUUUCACGAGUGGGGUGUGUCCAUGAUUACUGUUCAUGGAAGAUCUCGUGAACAAAGAUACACGAAGUUAGCCGACUGGGACUACAUAGAGAAAUGCGCCCUGGCGGCGCAACCUGUGCCUGUGUAUGGGAACGGCGAUAUUUUAUCUUUUGAUGAUUAUCAGAGAGUGAAGGAGACCUACACUACGGUCCAAGGCAUCACGAUCGGUCGCGGUGCCUUGAUCAAGCCAUGGAUAUUUACGGAGAUCAAGGAGAGAAAGCUGAUCGAUAUAUCGAGUGGGGAAAGAUUUGAUAUUCUUCGAAAGUACACGAAUUACGGACUCGAGCACUGGGGAUCCGACACCCACGGGGUCGAGACCACGAGAAGGUUUAUGCUGGAGUGGAUCUCAUUUCUUCACAGAUAUGUUCCUGUUGGAAUUCUGGAGAGACCACCGCAAAGAAUCAACGAGCGGCCGCCGUUCUACAGAGGUCGCAACGAUAUGGAAACGUUGAUGGCCAGCUCCAAUUGUGCCGACUGGGUGAAGUUAUCAGAGAUGCUGCUCGGAAAAGUGCCUGACGGAUUCCACUUCUUGCCAAAGCACAAGGCGAACUCGUGGAAAUGAUCCGUCAUGAAGAAGCGAAAACGAGCGGAUUCUUCCGCGAGUGAAAUGCGUUUUGACCUUGUACGAAUUUUCUCAAUAAAUAGUUUAUAUGAGAAAGAAAACGCGCAAGACGGGAUCAUUAAUUGGUAUCCGUUAUAUUUCACUUAUUCAUAUUUGUAAUACAGUGAAUAAAUAUUUUUAAGAGAGA